GACCUGACCUACGCCGGCGCGGCCCCCGACACGCCCCCCGUGCUGCUCGCAGCCAAGGGCGUCACCUUCGACUCCGGCGGGCUGUGCCUAAAGCCGCCGGAGCUGAUGUGCGAGAACCGCGGCAGCAUGGCGGGCGCGGCCGUGGUGCUCGCCGCCAUUAAAGCUAUCGCUGAACUCAAGAUCCCAAUCAACGUCCGCGCAGUGAUCCCUUUGUGCGAGAACUUAGUGAGCGGGCAGUGCAUGAAGGUGGGCGACGUGGUGCGCGCGCUCAACGGCACCUCCAUACAGAUCGAGGACACGGACAUGGAGGGGCGGCUGCUGCUGGCCGACGCGCUGGUGUACGGGCAGGCCGCCUGCCGCCCCGCGCUCGUGCUCGACGUCGCCACGCUCACACGCGGCGUGCUGCUGGCGACGGGCGGCGGCGCGUUCGGCUGCUUCAGCAACGCGGAGGGCGCGUGGCGCGCGCUGCGGGCGGCCGGCGCGCGCAGCGGGGACCGCCCCUGGCGUUUCCCGCUCUGGAACUACUACCACGCGCAGAUCACAGAUGACCCCUCAGUAGAUCUGAGGAAUAAAGGAUCUGGUAAAGCUACUCCUUGUCUCGGCGCAGCCUUUCUAAGAAACUUCGUAUGCGGAGACUGGGUGCACAUGGACGUGACGGGGGUGGGCAAGUUGCCGCACGCCGCCGCGCCGCCCUACCUGCGCCGUCGCCGCAUGAGCGGCCGCCCCGCGCGCACCCUCGCAUACUUCCUGGCGGAUCUGCCCGCCGCCCCCGCCCCCGACACAACACAACACUAACCUAACAUGUACAAAGAUUACUUAUCCGUACUCCAAUAUUACCAACAUGAGCACAAACUUUAUUAACUUGUGCAGCAACGUCCCACUCUUGUACUGUACCUCACUCGAGCAUCAACAUAACCUAACAUUCUUACAACGGUUUUACUUAAAUUAAAUUACUAUUUGACCGAUAUUUACUAGUUUAGAAUGCAAAACAAUUGGUAAAUAACCAAACCGUCUAUUUUUACAACCCAUUAUGUAAAGUAAUUUAAUAAGUAUGUUUAUAAAUCAAUUUUCGUGUUUUAUAUGACAGUAAAGAAUACAAAACAAU